ACAAAGCAAAAGUGUUGCUUCCCACUUCCCUUCUCUCUCUCAUCCAUUACUUCGCAAUGCUUUCACUCUCUCCGCCGAUCAAAUGAACUUUCGUUUUCUGUGAGUUUCUUCCUCCACCUCUCCCUUUUCCGGUCACCGGAAAAGUUCUCCGACGAUAAUCUUCAUUUUGCUUUGUAUUUCUCUCUCUCUAUAACGACUUCUUCAACUGCUUAUUCGAUUCGAUCGGAGAAUCAUCAUCGCCGCCGUCGGCGAAGUUGAAAGUUAGUUGAACUUAUUGUAGCUCAAAUUUAACAAACAUCUGGAAAAAUAAACUAUAAAUAGUAAAAUUAAACUUAAUAGCUUAAUAGUUCAGUUUAAUUGAAGAUUAAGUGCUAUGUUAGAUCUUAAUCUAAACGAUGAGAACUCGACCGAUUCGACUCAGAACAUUAACUCACCAAUGAUUUCGGAGAAUUUUCCCCAAACUUCAUGGAAUCAAAUGGUGGAAUCAGGAACAUCGAAUUCUUCAAUAUUCAAUGCGGACGGUUCAAGCAACAACGCAAACGAUGAGGACUCGUGUUCCACGCGCGUUGAUGACGUUUUCACUUUCAGUUUCGAUAUUCUUAAAAUGGAAGGUUCAAACGACGUCGUAACGAAGGAGUUUUUUCCUGUGAAUGGAGGAGGUGAUGAUGAUGAAGGUUGGUGUAAUAAUUGGAAGUUGCAAGCUACGUCAUCGUUUCCUGUGAAGAAUGGUUCAGUUGAUCUAUCGUUUAAUCAGAAUGAAGAGAUGAAGAUUGUUCAGCCUCAACAACAAGCUAAGAAGAGUAGAAGAGGACCAAGGUCUCGAAGCUCGCAAUACAGAGGAGUCACGUUUUACAGAAGAACUGGAAGAUGGGAAUCACAUAUCUGGGAUUGCGGGAAACAAGUUUAUUUAGGUGGAUUUGACACAGCUCAUGCUGCUGCUAGAGCCUAUGAUCGAGCUGCAAUUAAGUUCAGAGGAGUUGGUGCUGACAUAAAUUUCAAUCUGAAUGAUUAUGAGGAUGAUCUUAAACAGACGAAGAAUUUAUCCAAAGAGGAAUUUGUGCACAUACUUCGUCGUCAAAGUACUGGUUUCUCAAGAGGGAGUUCAAAAUACCGCGGAGUAACACUCCACAAAUGUGGCCGUUGGGAAGCUCGAAUGGGACAAUUCCUUGGCAAAAAGUAUAUAUAUCUUGGGUUAUUCGACAGCGAAGUAGAAGCCGCAAGGGCUUAUGACAAAGCAGCUAUCAUUAACAAUGGAAGGGAAGCAGUGACUAAUUUUGAGCCCAGCACAUACCAAGGAGAGAUGAAAUCUGCAGCCAACAAUGAAGGUGGCAGUCAAAAUCUUGAUCUCAAUUUGGGCAUAGCCACACCAGGACCUGGUCCCAAGGAAAAUUCAGGGAAAUUUCACUCCCCUUCUGUCCCUUACACAAGUUCAAGGAUGGAAACCAAUGUUUUAGGAACCGGUAAUCCAUCUUUGAAAAGGCUAUUAGUAACUGAAGAGCAUCAUUCUCUAUCGAAUGGCAUGUAUCCCGCUUUCUUUCCCAAUGAGGGAAGAGCAGAUAGUAUCGGCAAAGAUCCUUCCAAAGGACACCCCAAUUGGGCGUGGCAACCUCAUGGCCAGAUCACUGCUAUCCCAAUGCCACCAGCCUCUGCAGCAGCAGCAUCAUCAGGAUUCUCAAUUUCGUCUCCAUUUCCAUCAUUGACUCCCACAUUUCCACCAAGAUCUAUGAAUACAAUUCCUCAUAGUCUCUAUUUUACUUUGCCCAAUGUACCCAACAGCAACGCGUCUCAAUAUUAUUAUCAGGUUAAGCCCCCGCAGGCACCACCCUAGCCUAUCUUGUACUACAGAUGGAAAGCAAGCAAACCAUAAAAAGUGUUUGCAUUCAAAAUUCUUUUGUAUGAUUCAGUGACCAACUUGUGUAUAGUGAGACUUGUCCACUGAUUUAUGCCUUAUGUUGGGAUAAAUCAUCCUUGAAGAAUUGCUAUUUUUUCUAGUGCACUGGUAUUACAAUGGUGCUGUUUUCCUCAAA